GCUUCCUGCCGCCGCCUGCGGGGCCAUGGCGACCUGGCUGCGGUUGCGGAGCUGCCGGGCCCCGCGCCUCCCGCCGGCGCCUGCGGGCCUCGGCCUGCGCCCCCGCGGCUCGGUGCCCGCCGCGCCCGCGCUCGCCUCGGCGCAGCCCGGCCGCUCCGCCGGGGGCCUGGCGGGCCUGUCCGCGGCGCUGCUGCGCACCGACGGCUUCGUGGGCGGCCGCUGGCUCCCGGCCGCCGCCGCCUUCCCCGUGCACGACCCGGCCAGCGGCGCCGAGCUGGGCUUGGUGGCCGACUACGGGGUGCCCGAGACCCGCGCCGCGGUGCGCGCCGCCUACGAGGCCUUCUGCAGCUGGAGGGGCGUCUCGGCCAAGGAGAGGAGUUCUUUGCUUCGGAAAUGGUACGACUUAAUGAUACAAAAUAAGGAUGACCUUGCCAGGAUAAUUACAGCCGAAAGCGGGAAGCCACUGAAGGAGGCGCAGGGGGAAGUUAUCUAUUCUGCCCUUUUCCUGGAGUGGUUUUCAGAGGAAGCCCGUCGCAUCUACGGAGACAUCAUCUACACCCCCACGAGAGACCGGCGGGCCCUGGUCCUCAAGCAGCCCCUCGGGGUGGCCGCAGUCAUCACCCCGUGGAAUUUCCCCAGUGCCAUGAUCACCCGGAAGGUGGGGGCCGCCCUGGCAGCUGGCUGCACCGUGGUGGUAAAACCGGCCGAGCACACGCCCUUCUCCGCCCUGGCCCUGGCCGAGCUUGCAAACCAGGCUGGCAUUCCCCCAGGUGUGUACAAUGUUAUUCCCUGCUCUAGAAAGAAGGCAAAGGAAGUAGGGGAAGCACUUUGUACUGAUCCUCUAGUGUCCAAAAUAUCCUUUACUGGCUCAACAGCGACUGGAAAGGUGCUGCUGCACCACGCCGCGGGCUCCGUGAAGAGGGUCUCCAUGGAGCUGGGCGGCCACGCCCCAUUCAUCGUCUUCGACAGCGCCAACGUGGACCAGGCUGUAGCAGGGGCCAUGGCGUCCAAAUUCAGGAACUCUGGACAGACUUGUGUUUGCUCAAACCGUUUCUUGGUGCAAAGGGGUAUCCAUGAUUCCUUCGUGAAGAAAUUUGCUGAGGCGAUCCAAACAAAUCUGCGUGUGGGCAAUGGAUUUGAGGAGAGAACUACUCAAGGCCCAUUAAUUGAUGAAAAGGCAGUAGAAAAGGUAGAGACACACGUGAGUGAUGCAGUUUCCAAAGGGGCCACCAUUGUGACCGGCGGGAAGCGACACCAGCUUGGAAAAAAUUUCUUUGAGCCCACCCUGCUCAGCAACGUCACCGGGGAUAUGCUGUGCGCCCAUGAAGAGACGUUUGGGCCUCUGGCGCCCGUUAUCAAGUUCGACACGGAGGAGGAGGCCGUGGCGAUCGCUAACGCAACCGAUGUGGGGCUGGCAGGUUAUUUCUACUCUCAAGACCCGGCCCAGAUCUGGAGAGUAGCAGAGCAGCUGGAAGUGGGCAUGGUUGGCGUCAACGAAGGACUGAUCUCGUCUGUGGAGUGCCCCUUCGGGGGCGUGAAGCAGUCGGGCCUCGGGCGAGAGGGUUCCAAGUACGGCAUUGAUGAGUAUCUGGAACUCAAAUACGUGUGUUUCGGGGGCUUGUAGGGUUUGCUAGUUCUUUCAGAAAUAAAAAAGGAAGCUAGCCUCCAUAUUAUGGGGACAUGCCAUCCAUUAUUUUAAGUUAACUUGUAGGUGACUGGGAUUAGGCAUUUUUAAAGUCUCAUCCAGUGCGCAUCAUCUCAAGCAGAGGUGAAUCCCACCCCUCCGCGGACCUGACUCAGGACCCACGGAUGCCCUGUGCCUGUGGCGGCUGUCCCCCGCCAGCAGGGCCCCGGGGCCCAUCACGAAGGCUCCAUCACUACCUGGGCGGCCUGGGGGCCCCGCGUUCCUACCAUAGGUCUGCAGGGAAGAGCCCCGGGCACGACACGCAGGCCGGCCGGGCCGGGCACAGCAGCCCCGCCACCUGGCGACUCAGCACUGCAGACCCCGCUGCGCGUUCAGAGGUCUGGGCGCACGGGCUGAAGUACUCAGACCUCUGAAACAGCCCAGAACUGCCUGUGUUUCUGUGGGCAGUGAAGGAGCACCUUUCCCUUUUCCUGGACCUUUUUUUUUUCUUAGAUUUUUGUCUUGGAUUUUGUCUUAGUAGUCUCUACACCCAGCAUGGGGCUGGAACUCAUGACCCCGAGAUGAAGAGUAGCAGGCUCUGCCGACUGAGACUGCCAGGCCCCUGGACCAUUUUUUAAGUUGAAGGCUUCGUCCUAAAUAUACGACUUAAAGAUCAUGUUUUCAUUUCCAUCCCGCGUUUCAUCUCAAUUUGUUUCUUUUAGGAAGCGAGCCUAAGCCUAAAGCAGAGCCACGUCCCGCUUCAGCACCACCCCCCCACCCCGGUAGCUUUGUUCGCGUAGACCUGCCUUCAGCACCCCUGUUCCUCCUAUGGACUGGAGAUUCCGGGUAUGCCUUACUUAGCUCGAUGGGCAGAAAGCGAAAUAUUUGCAAAAACAAAAUCAGUGUAAGUACAGGGCCGUUAGUAGUAGCAGCAUAGCCCUCCUUGGGCAUCGAGCUGUGGCUUUGCCAAGAUGGGGGAGGCCGGUGCCCACCCGCUCUCCUACCUGAGACGAGGAGGUCCCCGGCAGCCUCUCUUCCCGUCCUCUCGGGGUGCUGCUCCCUCACCUCCAGGAGGACAAACCUCUCCCCACAGCGAACCUGGGAGGAAAACAGAUUUCCAUAAGGGCCCAUCCACCUAGCGGAAGGGGUGUGAGGCCUCGAAUGGCAGGUACCCUUUAUCCAGUAAGAGUUUUUACAGUUCGUUAUUUAAAACAACAAUGACUGGUGUUUCCUGUCACUCUGAAAGAGGAACUCUGAUCCGGAAAAUUCUAAGCUUUAUCUGGACACAUCUCCCGUCCGCACUCAGACACUGAGGAAAAGGAAUCAGGCUGAAUAAGCAUUGAUGGAGCUUUCCUUUCCCACCAUGUGUGGGGUCCACUGUCACUCCGUGGAUAUUCUGGGCAUUGGAAGGACAGCUUGAGGGCAGGUGUGCUGGGGACGGGGGUCCCCUCCCUGCCCCCUGCUAGUUAGCAUCGUUCCCUGUACCCCUGGGGAGCCGAGGUUAAGUCACUGUCUGGAAUGCCUGUGGGCACAGAGGAACUCACUUCUGGUCCUGGCGCUCCCUUCUGUUAGCCUGCCUCACACCAGCCGUCUCCCGAUUCCCACAGGAGAGACAAGCUGACCUCCGCCUCGGGCCGACGUAUCUCAGCCACACCCUGUCCAGAAUCACAUGUGCAGCAUACUGAUGGUUUCUUUCUUUUAUAGUUUUAGGUGAUUUUCUAUAACUUUCUAAUUACUUAAGAUUUGGAUGUAUCCAUCUGUUUCAACAAUAAAGAUGCUAUAACAUUAUUGGUUAGAAGUCUGGAACACAGACACCAGGAGGUGUUAGGAGAAUGCAUUCACAUAUGUGGAUAGCUUGGUAAGCCAGUGGAUUCCUUGUCUGGGCGGCAGACUGGAGCUUUCUUGCUUAUUAUUUGGCCCCCCUGGGUCCAUAAAUCGAGGUCCAGAGACUCACUGCAAUGUCUUUAAUUAUGUAUUUAAAGUGAUUUGAGAAGGAACUAGGUUCCUGUUGAGUAAAACUGUUCUGGGUUGUGGGAAGAAGAAAAGUGUCUCUAACUGAACAUUUCGGGGGGGCGGGUAUUUUCCAAUAAGGUGACCCUGUGUGGUGAAGUCAGGCAGCGGUUGGCAGACAAGAGCUCACAAGCCAGACCUAACCCACCACCUGUUUCUGUGUAGCCCAGAGCUAAGAAUAGGUUUGUAUUUCCAAAUGAUUGGGGGCAAAAUCAAAAGGACGGUAUUUCAUAUCACAAAAUUAAAGAAAUUCCAACUUCAGAUUCCAUCCAUAAAGCUGCGGUGAAACACAGCCAUGCCCAUUCAUUCAACAUCGGAUCUGCGGCUGGUCUCUCGGCAGAGUUGAGUACUGGCAACACAGACCGACAGUACGGCCUGCAAAGCCCACAGUAUGGACUCGCCGCUUACAGAAAAAGCUUGCCAACCUGAUGCUGAGGGAGAUCUAAUCUUCCUGCGUUUAUCAGGCACUGUUUUAUUUCAUUGAACACCUGUGUAAAAGGUACUUUUCUGGGCAUUGGUCCAACGAGUUCUCACCAAGAACUUGCCAGCAAUGAUCCUGUGAUCAGAAAUUACCUGGAUAACAGGAGUCUGUUGGCCUCGAGAAAACUACUCCAUUCAUUUUCCCCAGCUAGGCAGGGAUUCUCGUUGAAAUAGCUUAUCUGCACUUACCCCUCUGAGUGGCUUUCAAACAUGAUUUUAUGUCAGGCGUUGUUCUCUUUUCUCCUUUAUUCUUAGGGAGAGACUGUGAAAAUAAGCAUCAGAAGCACAAUGCAAAUAAAUCUGGUUUUACUGUUAAACUGUUAGUUUUAGAUUUUGCCACAGGCCUGCCUUCUCCAAAGGCUGCAGCCCAGGGUUUUAAUCAUUCAUGUGCAGCUAUGUUAGCUUUUUACUUGAAUAAUAUUGAUGCUGUGACUUUGUGUGUGUGCUUUAUUUUGUAGGAUUAAACUUGGGAAUAAGUGUAGUGGGAAGUAGGGGAAUGUUCUGCUUUUUAAACGUGCCUAGAACUGUUUUCCAGUUUUUGAUAAUUGUGUAUGUGUAUCAGUCUCGUCAGCAGAGUUGUGCGUGUGUGUGUAUAAUUAAUAAAUGUUACAUUAACAGAA